UUGAUUUCAGCGUGCAUCUUUCCCGAAUCGGCUGUUCGACCCUUCUUUUUCGAUGUCCCUGCUGAGAUCCCUGCUGGAACAACGAUCAAUGAAACGUUCGUCGAACCUCCCGAUGCCAAUAUCCUUCUGGCGUCAGUGAGGUCCCAAGUACCUCUAGGGGAUUCUGAUUCUCCAUUCAAAGUGGUCACGGAAGAACGUCAGAAUUCGCUGUUGAGUGACAUCAUAAACCAAACGACUCCUCAUGAACCUACCGCUGUCCUUUUAAAACUCGUUAAACCAAUUACGCACCUUCCAAUAACCUUGAAACUUGUUGCUGAGGUAAGUCUUGAAUUCCCAAGAGCAUGCUUCCGAGACAUUGAUCCACCUUCAUGGAAAGCCACCUGA